GUCCACCCAAAACCACAAAGCCGCCACCUCUGUGUGUUUUUUUGUUUGCUCUGCUUUCUUAGCUGAUACUGUGUUAAGCUCUCAACCCCAAGAAAAAAAAAAAAAACCUAUCUAAGUUUUCACUCACUUCCAUAAGGUUUUCUUCAUCUGGAUCUAUUUCUUUAGCUGAAUCAAGAACUGGGUCUUCCUUGUUUUCUCAACUAACCUCACAAGAUCAUAUAUCAUGGAGUGGUAUCUUGGGAGUGGAUUUGAUGAUCUUGUUGUUCCCAAAGAUCAAGAAUUACCAGAUAGGCUUCCAUCACCAGACAGCUGGUCAAAAUGGGGGAUAAGUGCAUCUGAAAGUUUCAGGUCACCUUACAAAUGCUUUGACAUGGAUGAAAAUUCUACCCAACAAGAACUUAACUUCAAUGGUGAAAAAGAUCAGUCCUGUGGUUCAAGCAUGUGUGAAGGAUUGUCAGAGGAGUGUUUUAAUUGGAGAACACAUUCGCGUGACCAGCCCGACUGUCAGCUCAAUGACUUAGCGGGAUUCGAACAGAUGAAUGACAUUUUCUUGAGUUCCUUACUUGAAGAUCUGCCAGAGACAGAAAAUCUAGAUGAAUCAUUUUACUUUUCUCCUGAAUCUGAAUAUGGCAUGAUGGCCAUUGACAAUCUAGAUUCACAAAGUAUCUCAAGUGAUGUAGAAAAUACCAUAGGAAGCUCAAAGUAUCUCAAAAGACAUGCCUUUUCUCCACCAACGGGGUGGGAUAAUGGAGAUUUUACCGAUGUGCAGUUUAUUCCAUGCAACACAGAACAACUAGAUUGCCCAAGAGUAAAGGAAUCGUAUGGAAAGGACAUGGUCUCUUCUGAGCAAAAUGAAAUGGAUGGGACUUUAGGUCAGGAUACAUCACUUGAAGAAUCUGUAUUGCAUGAGCUUGAACUGGUGAUGGAACAGUUGCCAGAGAAGACCCGGAUUUGCUUUCGGGAUGCCUUGUACCGCCUUGCAAAGAACUCAAAACACCACAUGGAAACACUUAGUGACGAUGGAUACCUUGUGAUGGAAAAUUCCCCUCCAUUGACAACUCAAGAUGUAACAAUGAGGUCUGAAAGUAAGAAAGCAGUGGAGUUAGAGACCAAUACCAUUGAUCGAGCCAUUGCAAAUCUCAUGUUCAAUAAAACAGACACUAGUGCAGGAGAAGUAAGAGAAUUUUCCAGCGCAGCAUCAGUUAGCUCGAACGAAGGAGUAUCUGUAGACACCCAACCACCAGUAAACUCCAAGCAAGAAGUCAUGAGAGCAACCGGGCCACAAAACUACAGCUCAAAUCAAUCCAAUAUCCAUCAUUUUCCAGACCAACAAAUUUUAGCAGGUGAUGCAGAAGUCCCGACCCUUUUUCAAAUAGAUCCACGGGAAACAAAUCAUAAAAAGAGUGCGGAAAAAAUAAAUGAGAACUACAGAAAUCCUGCAGAGAAGAGGAAGUCUUUUGUAUUGGACUUUGGUUCUGUGAUAUGAUGGAUGAUAGGCCAUCUGAAGAUUGUCAUGAAGGGAGGAUCCAUGAAAGCUUUAUCUUCCAAGAGACCAUGAAACAAUCGUCUGAGUUGAGCGUUAAUAUGCAUGUAUAUAUACCCCGUUUAGUUAUUAUAUAUGCUGGUAGUUAGCAUGCAGGAUAGCCCUCUUCUGACCUUUUCCAAAUUUACGUAUAAAAUAGAAAGUAGUAGUCAAAUCAGUUCAGUUUUGAUAAGAGUUCAAAUGAAUAGUAAUUUGAAUAACUCGGACAAACGAUUAUUUGCUUCUGCUUUCUUUUUCUUCUUUUUUGGAUCGAGGGUAAGCAUUAGUAAGUGUGGUAUGUGUAUGAUAAGUUGAUAAUAUUUGGUAUGUGUAUAUGAUGAGUUAUUAAUAUUCUUGUUUGUGCCA